ACGCGUGUUGGAUCGGAGCGCGCCUGGAGACAAACCGAGCAGACCGUCCCGCACGCUCCCGCGCGGCCCCGCACAGACCCGCACCGGACCGCACAGACCUGCACCGGACCGCACCGCAGCAGCAACAUGGAUGUACAGCUGUUUAUGGAGUGUGAGGAGGAGGAGCUGGAGCCAUGGCAACAGGUGGACGACAGCGUGGAGGAAGACGACGUGGACUACUACGAUAACUACUGCGAGCCGAUGGAGGAUUCUUCGUCUCCUCUUCCAGCCUCUGAGACUCCGCCCCCCAGAACCCCCCCACCCGUCAUACCUGCCCCAACAGCUUCCUCACCUUUACAGAUGGUCUCCUCCUCUGUGAUGCCUCCUCCUCCUCCUCCUCCUCCCUCCAUCAUUACCUCGUCCUCCUCUGUUCCCCGCCUCCCCGUCUCCACGGUAACGCCCACCCCCCACCUCAUGGCUCACGGUCAGCCCCUCUUCCUGACGCAGACGGCAGGUGGGACGUUCCUCCUCCCAGCAGCACCUGGGGCCGGUGGCGGCCAACCCUUCUAUCUAACCACACAGGGUUUCCCGAUGAUGAAUGCAGGGACUCCUCUGCUGCUGAACCUGCAGCCGGGUCAGACGGUCCAGCCGCUCACCUUGAUCCAGUCCUCGUCCUUGAGUCAGCUGAUGCGGCCAGGUGUGGGCGUGUCCUCGGUGCAGGUGCGACCAGGCCACGCCCCCUCCAGAGGCCCCGCCCCAUCCGGCUCGGGUUUCACCGCCAUGCAGCUUCCUGCCACGCUGACCAUCCGCACCGGCACGCCAGGACCCGUUAACCUGCAGAUGACCCAGGUGGGCGGGGCUAAGCUGGUAGGUUCCCCCGUCCUCCCCUCGGGCUCGGCCAGCGGCGUCAGCAGAGUGAAGGCCCCGCUCAGCAUCGCAGCUCCAAACCCCGCCCCCCCGGCGCCGACCUCUGACCCCGCCAAGGUGGUGAUGAGCGUGGAGGAGUUUUAUUACGGGACGGAUGAGGGCAACCUGAAUCUGAGGAAGCCCCACCCACUGGGCAUCAAGACCUCCACCUUCACCUGCCACAUCUGCUCACACCUGGCAGACAACAACCUGAGGCUGAUGCAGCACAUGCUUCAGCACUCGGAGCUCAUCAGUGGAGCAGAAGGUGACGACAGGAAGGGCUGCAGAUCGUGUUACCGUCAGUUCUCGUCUCCGGCUCAGCUUCAGAGUCACCAGGAGCAGGUUCACGGCUCCGCCCUCUCCUCCUGUAUGUGUCGGAUAUGUGAGUGGGCGUUUGAGAACGAGCCGGCCUUCUUGAACCACAUGAAGUCCAACCACAAACCAGGAGAGAUGCCCUACGUCUGCCAGGUGUGCUCGUAUCGCUCGUCCUUCUAUUCGGACGUCUUGCAGCAUUUCGCCAGCUUCCACAGAGACUCUCGCUUCCUGCUCUGUGUUUUCUGCCUGAAGGUGACGAAGCACCCAACCACCUACCAGGAGCACCUGCUGCGGCACCAGAUUAACCAGGCCUUCCACUGUAACCGGUGCCGUCUGCAGUUCGUCUUCCUUAAAGAUAAAAUGCAUCACAAACUGGAGAACCAUCGCAGCAUCCGCAGACCGGCCAAACUGGAGGGUCUGCCGCCAGGGUCAAAGGUGACCAUCAGGACCUAUGGGAAGGUCAGGUCUGUGAUUACAUCAGCGGGGGUGGGGUCCCACCUCCUCCAUAGCCCCUCCCCUCUCAUCCAGCCAAUCAACAUCAAGACGGAGCCGAGGUCUCCGCCCCACAGGAACCCCCCCCGAUCCCCCACCAAGAGGGGCGCCGCCCGCCGCGCCCACGGCCACAGGAGUUCGUCCCUCGAUGGCGAGCGGCUCGUGUGUCUCGAGUGUGGAACCGAAGCCUCCGACUUCUCCGCUCAUUACCCGACGCACGUCCACUGCCUGCUGUGUCCUUACAGCAGCUGCUGCUCCAGAGCCUACGCUGCCCACAUGAUCCACCACCACGUGCCGCAGUCCAGAGGCAAAGCUCUCCCUCUGCACAGACAACAUCCUCCAUGUCGCUUCCUGCUGCAGUGCUCUCAGUGUGACUUCAGGCCUCAGUCUGCAGAUCUGAUGGCCGAUCACCUGCUGACGAAUCCGGACCACAGCGCCACCUGUCAGCCCAGAGUCUACAUCGAACCUGACAUCCAGUUCUGCCAUGAUGACGAGCAGCUUUCUCCAGGAGAGAAGGAACCAGUCCAGAACAAGGACUUACCCGAUCCGUCCUGGAGGUCAGCAGAUUGUUGGAAACAGCCAACAGAGAGCGACAGUGCCAAGUCUUCGAUCAUCCCGUUCACGCAUAACAGCGGGCCUCAGCACUCCCUGUCCAGGAACAGCGACGCCAUCGACUUCUUCAACCUGCUCUUCCCCUCGGCGCUUGUGGAGCUGAUCACCAACGAGACCAACGCCCAUGCCAAGACCUGCCAGUACCUUGGCUCCUGCAGCGCAGACUGGUUCCCCGUCACCACCCAUGAGGUCAAAGGUUUUAUCGGCCUGGUGAUUCUGAUGGGGAUUCAGAACCUGCCCGACCCGUCGCACUACUGGUCCUGGAGUCACUAUGACAACAGCUACACCUUCUACCGCGCCAUGAGCUUCAAGCGCUUCAAGCAGAUUGCCGUCAACAUCCGCACGGGCAGCUUCGCCACAGAUGUUUAUCGUCACAGCAGUAACCCGAGCGACUCGCUGCACAUCUUCAGGCCGAUGCUGGACAUCCUGGGAGGAGCCAUGUGGAACACUUACAAACCAAAUUGCUGCCUGACCAUCGACAGGGCGCUGCUACCAAGCCUGGAGGAGGAGAGCUGCCAUGCCAAGGGGAACCCAAAGACCCAGCCUCAGGUCUGGCUGCUCUGUGACUCCAAGUCUGGCUACUGCCACCGCUUCUUCAUCCAAGUGGGUGAGAAGGCGGGCCAGGACCCGGGCUUCACUGUGGUGCCGGAGCUGGUGAAGGGCCUGGAGGACAAACACCACCAGCUGUACCUGGCCAACUCGCUCACAUCGGUCCCACUAAUGCAGAAGCUCCUGGAUCAGGGCAACUACGCCUCUAGCUCCUUCCCUCCACCAAACCCCAUCCUGCCUAGAGAGCUGUGGGAGGAGGGACAGCUGGAUAAACCCGGGGACUUUCUGCAGAGGCAGUUUGGCCCCCUGCUGGCCACCCGCUGGAGGGACACCAAGGAGAUGGGCUGCCUGUCGACAAAUGCACCUCCAGGUGAGCCGGACACUGUGUGGAGGAGGUCUCAGACCAAAGUGGGUGGUCUGGACCCCAUCAACCGCCCUGAGGCCUUCCAUCUCCUGCAGGAGAACAUGCGAGGGGUCGACAUCUGCAAACAGCUGCUGGCCUGCAACCCGCUGGGAGGAAUCCCGCAGGACAGACACUGGCGCAGUCUUUUCUGGUUCCUGGUCAACCUGAGCAUUGUCAAUGCCUUCAUUGUGCUGCGAGAGAGCCGCAAAGAGAACCCGCCGGCCUGGGUGCAAGACGGACUUUUCACUCAGGUCAACUUCCGCAAGCGUCUAGGCAACCAGCUCGCCAAGUGUGCCCAGAAAUACUUUGAGACUAUGGAGAUCGCAAGCUCACGCGGAAUGAGGGUGGAGGCGUUAGAAAUACCCAUUAAACAGAGACACCGGAUGGUAAAGAUCAGCUCCAUCUCCAAGAGAUGCAAGAACUGCAACUUGAAGAACAUCCGGCAUGAGAGCGUAUACGGCUGUGUCGUCUGUAAAGCCAACCUGUGUAAACAGCCAUGCUGCUUCUGGGAAUUUCAUGGUCUGUCACCUCUCAACAAAGGGUCAACAAAGAUCGGGUUCCUCAAGGACAGACUAAGUGGAGAAGUUGAGGUGGACGAGGUUGAUACCAACAUGGACGGUUCAAUGGCGCCAGUAGAGGACUUUGACUUUUCUGAUGAUGAAAGAAUGGACGAUCUGGAUGAUAUUGAUGAUGAAACUGAAGACAUAAAGGAAGAAUUUAACAAAGAAGUUAAACGCCCCACGUCUCACCUGCCUUCAACAACGUACAGUCACAGCCAAUCAGCAACAGUUUUGUCAGCGUCUAAAGAGCGUGAGGAUUUCCUUACUGCCCGUCAGCUGAGAGUCGCUCUGUUCGCUCUUUGUGACGGCCUGCGCCAAGCCUCGCGAGUCUUUGCGACAGAGCCGCAGCUCAUCCGUUCCUGGCUGAAAGAGGCCAGGAAGCGUUUGAGGCAGACUGAACAGGAACAGAAGGUCCACGAUGACGGUGGGGAACGCAUGGUGGCAUGGGUGCUCGCUAUGCGUGAGCAGCAGCUUCCGAUCAGUGAGAGCAGCCUCUUCAACAAAGCCUCCACGCUGAAGAAAAAGGGAAAUUUCAGCGACUCUUUCCGUAUUUCUUAUGACUGGGCGGUGAACUUCAUGUUGCAGCACCGGCUCGGUCUGCGGAGCGUCGGACGGGAGGCCACGUUGGCUCGCACAAUGCCACCAUCUCUGGAUUCUAAAGUCACAUCUUUCAGGGAAUUCACCCAGAAGAUCGUCCAGGUUCACAAGCUCCCAGAUUGCACUAUAGCUGCAAUGGAUGAGCUCUGUCUCUUUGUGGAUUUGAGGAUAGUUCAGGACAAGUCUCGCCGUGCAGAGGCCCUGGAGCUCACCGGGUCAGUACCUCUGGUCACUGUGUACCUGACAGCGCUGGCAGAUGGUACAAUGCUGCCCUCCCUGGUGCUGGCAAACAGGCAGCUGGAUGAAAAAGUCCUUCCAGAGUUCAUCCAGCUGGAGGCCGGCUCAGAGAGUCUGUUAGUAGAAGAUGCCUUGGACCUCUGGACUAAAAGGGUUUGGCAGCAGCACGUGUCCGGUCCAACUCCGCACAGUAAAUCCUUGCUGGUGUUGGAUCGACACCGGGAACACAUGGGAGACUUGUUCCUUACCGCCGUCAGCGGAUCGGGUACCCUCCCAGCAGUGAUCCCCGGUGGCUGCUCCUUCCACCUUCAGCCUCUGGAGGUUUGCGUUAGGCCGGUGCUGCAGCGUUUCCUGCUGUCGCGAUGGGCAAAAUUUGUCACCGGAGACCCGACUGAGCUGGAGGAGACGUCACCCAACCGACUCCAAGCAAACGUUGCACACCUGCUGGUUGACUGGCUGGUCGAAGCUCUGACACACCUCAACAAACUCCCUAACCUUUGGAAGAAGUCCUUCCAACUGACAGGCCUUAUUCCAGGGUGUAAACAGGACGAUGAGGUGGAGAAGGAGGAGGACACAAGUCAGAACUUAGAGGAGAUCCAGGCGGACCUCCUUAAGACUCUGACAGAGACUCUUCUGGGCUCUGAAGCUUUGGAGGAGGAUUCUCCUGAUCUGCUGGAGCUGGAGGAUGAAAAGGACACAGAGGAGAAAAAAGAAGCGGAAAGACCGGCGACAUCAGAGGAGAAAGACAAAGAGGAGAAAGAGAAGGACAGGGAGGAGGAGAGAGAGAAGAAGACAAAGAGGAGAAAGAGAAGGACAGGGAAGAGGAGAGAGAAGAAGACAAAGAGGAGAAAGAGAAGGACAGGGAAGAGGAGAGAGAAGAAGACAAAGAGGAGAAAGGGAAAGACAGGGAGGAGGAAAGAGAAGAAGACAAAGAGGAGAAAGGGAAAGACAGGGAGGAGGAGAGAAUGGAAGACACAGAAGAGAAAGGAAAGGACAGGGAAGAGAAGAGAAAGGAAGACACAGAGGAGAAAGGGAAGGACAGGGAAGAGAAGAGAGAAGAAGAAAAAGAGGAGAAGGAAGGUGUGCAAGAGGACAUGGAAACAGAAGGAAAGGACAGAUUGAAAGAAAAGGAAGAUGAUAGGAAGGAGAAUGAGGAGGACGGGAAAGAGGAGACUAAGGAGAUAGAGGAGGACAGUGAGGAGGAAGGGAAGGAGGUGGAGGAGGACAGGAAGGACUUGAGCAAGGAGAGACGUGAGACCAGGAUAGUGAUAGGAGAGGAGGUGGGCGAUGAGUGGAAAAUAACGGUGAAAAGCAAGACAGAAAGUGUUGAAGCCGACGGCGAGACUGCAACAAGUUAAACCGGGAGCUUAAAUAUUAGACGAGUUACACCUCUGUUGGUGUUGGUGUUGGCUGCGAGAGUGCCGUGCAGGUUUACCUAAUGAUCAUGUGUUUGUGUUUGAAUACAGAGUUUGUUCUGUAUCGGCGGCAAAAUCCUGCCGUCAGACUGCAAAGAGCCGAACUUAUCGUAUAAACUGUUCUGACUGGAUGUGUGGAGAGAAGUUGGAGGUUUUUCUCAUUCACUUCAAUACAGUCAGAGUUUGCUCACAGCAGCCUCUGGUGGGCAUGAGAGGAACUACAGCUGUUGGUUUUAUGUCCAGAUGCUGAAUUUUCUGCUUCAGAGCUGAGUUAACCCAGAAGAAAGAAGCUUUAAACUUCACAGUCAGCUCAGGUCACAGUUUCUACUCUUUUCCUUGAAAUGUUCUUUGUACUUUGGAGAUAAGAGUUAAUCUUCAGGACAUCUUAGAAAAAACAUUUUUGGGCAAUUUGUUAAAAAAUAAAUAAGAAAAAUGGGUAGACGUUGGUGUAGUCUGUUUAUAUUUGGAGAUUAUAAUGUAAUAUGCCAAUAUUUAGUUUGACACACAAAACUACACACUAGGAAUUUAGUUUUGUGUGUCAGUUAAAGAAUUGUCUAAUUCCGUAAGAUCUCAAAUACACUCAACAAAAUUAUUAAAUACAAUAACGGUUUCUCUGUUUUAAUAACAUUUGUACCAGA